AUGGCGACUUACGCACGGCUGGGUGCUGCAGGCAAGGUGCCCCUCCUGGGGCUGGGCACAUGGAAGUCCCCUCCAGGUAAGGUGGCAGCUGCAGUGAUGGCUGCCAUCGACACUGGGUACCGCCACUUUGACUGUGCCUACUUGUACCAGAAUGAGAAAGAAGUUGGGGAGGGGAUCCAGCAGAAAAUCAAGGAAGGUGCUGUGAAACGAGAGGACCUCUUCAUUGUCAGUAAGCUGUGGUGCACAUUUCAUAACAAAUCUCUGGUGAAGGGAGCCUGCCAGAAGACCCUUGCUGACCUGAAACUGGAUUACCUGGAUCUUUACCUUGUGCACUGGCCUUUUGGGUUCAAGGCAGGAGAGGAUCUGUUUCCCACGGAUGACAAGGGCAUGUCUUUACCCAGCAACACAGAUCUUCUACAGACAUGGGAGGCCAUGGAAGAGCUGGUGGAUGCUGGUCUGGUAAAAGCCAUUGGGAUCUCCAACUUUAACCGUGAGCAGACUGAAAGGAUCUUGAACAAGCCAGGGCUGAAGCACAAACCUGCAAAUAACCAGAUUGAGUGUCAUCCAUACCUUUCCCAAGAGAAGCUUAUCAACUAUUGCCACUCUAAAGGAAUCACUGUGACAGCAUACUGUCCCCUUGGACGCCCUGACAGGGAGAAGCCAGACGCACCUUCCCUUCUGGAUGAUCCCAAAGUCAAAGAGAUUGCAGCCAAGCACAACAAAACCCCAGCACAGGUUCUCCUUCGCUUCCAGAUCCAGAGAAAUGUGAUUGUGAUUCCCAAGUCUGUCACACCACAGCGCAUUGUGGAGAACUUCCAGGUGUUUGACUUUGAAUUGACUAAGGAGGAAAUGGCAACCCUCCUCAGCUUAAACAGGAACUGGAGGAUCUGUGAAAUGAUCACGUGCAAAAAUCAGAAGGAGUACCCUUUCAAUGCAGAAUACUGAAGACAGUUUUAUCCUGCCCUCUUGCAGAUCUCUGGAGUCUAAUGAACUUCUGCAGUUGUGGUAGAGUUGCACUAGACAGCUUCCACACUGUCUCUCUCCUGCCAGCAAAGGCUUAGUAAUUUGUCUUCACUGACUGUGAGUUUUUCUUCUUUGGUGGAAGGAAAUAAUAAAAUUGUUCUCAAGACAAAAUACAGGAAGAAAGGCAAUAAUAAUUCUCUAUUCAUUAGAUAAGUGUCUCUGUGGCUGAA